AUGAGCUCAAACGUUGCCGAUUCCGAAUCUCAACCGGGCGGUGGGCCCUCAGAAGUCGACUACUCCAAUACCAGAGACUUGGAUCUCGCCAACAUUCUCUACGUCCAGAACAUUCCUGUUGUGCCCGACACGAAAAAGAAUGAGCUUGAUGCCUGCAUCAAGAGCAUCAAUUCCUGGCUGGCUUGGGAGUUGACCAGAGUCGAAAAACAGGUUGAGAAUAAAAUCAAGAGUGGCGAGUUGCCAGGCGAUGAAUCCAUCGCUUCCAAGUCCAAGAGAACCGCCUACCGAUCCAAGGUUGUAUCAGCAACGCGAGAACUGUCACCAUGGUUACCCAUGGUCUCGACUAUCACCAAAACCUCUACCACUACAGCAGGGGAAGACAAGAUCAGCCUUUGGGUGCUGCAUAGCAUCCUCGGUGCUUCCGGAAUUUCCGACUCUCCGCAGGCACUGAACGUUGUGAAGGCUAUGGGUGCUGGCUUCCACGCCCUCGAACAGACUGUGCAGCCGCAUGUCUUCUAUGUCAUUGAAUAUGGCCAUGAUACGGUCAGCGACAUCAUCGUAGCCUCUAUCAAAUCCUUCAUUUUCAAGGUUCAGUUGACGGAAACUUCGGCGCCAGCCCCAACGCCGGCCGGAAAGGGUCUCCUUUCUCGUGGAAAAUCAGCCGUGACACCGCAAGGGAAACUCUAUGCGGCUGCCAUUGAGUACAUCAACACCUCAGUCAAUUUUGACUUCAACCAAUGGAACCAGGCUGCACCUCAAGAUGAAGCUUCAUAUGCUGUUGGCAAGCAGCUUGUCCCUCAGAAGCAGCUCCGUUUGUUGAAGGAUAUCUAG